UUGACGGUAUGGCUUUACACAACUUGGUUUUUGUUAUCGAUGUUGAUUAUGGAGAUCGUGAUUCAAGCGAUCAGCUGAAUGUCAGGAGUCGUUUAGUGAAACGAGGAAUAUUACACAUUCUUCUGCAUUUCGGUUACAAAUACGGAUUUGACAAAGUGCGCUGGGGUUAUAAGUUUUUUCAGUCUAAAACUGGCCGUAAUAGCCUCAUAUCGAGGGGAUCGGACUUCAAGGAGCUCCGGCACAAAACUUUUGAGGACUUUGAACAAGAGUUUGAAGCCAAAUUUGACGUUAAGGAUAAACUGUGCCCUCAUCAGCAGAAGCAGCAAUCCAGCAAGUCUGCUUCAGUUCAAAACUCACUCAAAGAAACCCUGCUGGACUUCCAAUGGGACAGACCAGACAUCACCUCUCCCACUAAACUGUCCCUGAGGCCGAGGAAGUCGAGCCGAGCUGGAAAGCCUAAUGUUUCACAGGAGGAUGAUAUUUCAAGCAACGGGAGGAAUGUGGUGUUUAUUGCCUCGAAGUGUCCACGGUCCAGGAAACAACUUGUGGACUAUCUUUCUCUGGAAAACCAUGACCUGCCUUCAGAUGUGACAGACCACAUCAUAUCCAGGGGUCUCCACGACAUGUUGCUGCAGCGACAGGUUGUGCUGCACUGGAUUGACAGUAGAUCCCACGACCAGAUGAUGAGGUGUGAGGACUGCCUUGGAUCUGACAAGCUGUCCGAGGUCCUGGCUCAUAUGGGUGGCAGAGUGAUCCCUUUAGUUGCACUGCUGAACCUCUGCUGCAGUCAGGAGCCAGACUCAGGCUUCAGGCCAGAGGCGUUUGCAUUCAAGUCCAGCAUUGGAUACCUGCUGUCCUCUGAAAGGCUCUACCGCCUGGCUUUUCCUGUCAUAGGGGGUAUUCUGCGGUGGGAGCAAGGUGAUGUGACACAGAGCUGUGAAGUCAUGGUUGAGCCAGUGUCUUGCAGACAGAGGCUUCUCCCAGAGUCUGUGGAGGUGUGUCUGAAAGGAGUGCUGCAGGGCUGGGAUGCCUCAUCGCUGACACAGGCCUCCACAGAGUCAUGGGUGCUUCAGUGCUCCAGCAGCAGUGACCAGGGAGCUGCUACCUUCCAGCAUCUCCUCAUGGAACUGUCUGCUCAAGCUCUGCACAUGCUUGCUGAGGUGAAUGACAGCGGCCUGGUGUGCUCGGCUGUCCUCUCUCCCUGGUCACACUCUACAGCUCUGCUCACCAUUCUUCAGCCUGAAAUCACUGGACAUGACCCGCUCCUGACCACUGAAACUAUUGCCCCUGCAACAGCUGAUACUUCAGCUGACCUGCCAGAUGUUGUGAGCAGUGUUCUUGGAGUAGUGUAUGACAUCAUGGAGGAAGACAAUGACCGUCUCAAUGAAAAGCUAAAGGAUCAUGUGGUUCCUGAGUGGGCUCAGCAGGAAGUCAGCCAUUGCCCACUGACAACAGGUGUGUUGGAAACUUGGUUCCCUCAGUCAGACCAGUCCGGAGUGAGCUCUCAUUUAAUGGAGUCAAUGAGAUUGCUGCAUGCAGUGCCAGAGCAGAGAGAGGAGGAGUCGUCGGCUGUCCUACAGCAGGAGCUGAUCAGUGGUCUGGCUGAACUGUACCAGACGUCUCAGGGAACAAACAACAAGAGGGGCAAAAAACGUGGUGCCCAGUGCACACCAGUGAAACAGAAGAUGAAGACCAUGAGCCGCUCCCUGCAGAUGCUGAAUGUGGCACGGCUGAAUGUGAAAGCCCAGAAGAACCAGGCUGAGGCCGAGCAGCUGGGGGCAGAUGGCAGGGGGCCAGACCGACCGGGGAAGAGACGGUCAAGUGACAGGAACAAAUCUGGGGGAGCAAACACUAUCAGUUUCAUCAGUGAGACAGAGCUCCUGUCCCACCUGAAGUCCAGUUACGAGAAGACUCUGGCAGAGAGAGACUUGUGUGUCCUCACUGCUGUCCAGCAGCUCCUGUUUGCUGUGAAAACUUUCUUUGUGGCAGAAUCACAUCCAGAGUCCUCCCUGUUUGUCCAGCAGCAUCUCCUUAAGACCAGCAAAUCAAUCCGACAGCUCUAUGGCAUGGGUGCUGAUGUUGAUAGCAAAGUCAGAGAGUGCCAGCUUCAGGCGGUGUUGAGGCUGGAGUUGUGCAGACUUUCUUCUUCAAAGCAGUCUGACUCACUGGAUGCUGAUCAGAUGGCAGAGGAGGUGGCUGAAAUGCUCAGGAUAAUCUCCCUAACAAAAGACCCAGUUUGCUUGGCUAGGUUCCUUCAAGACGAGGUUCUCCCAGGGUUCCUGACCGCUGUACCCAGGGUGCUUGCAGACAUCUACAACAGUCUGGGCACCCAGCUCCCUGAGGCUUUGGUGGCUGUUCUGCCUGCUGACUUCUUCAGCGAUGAGUCAUUUGCCAAGGACAGCGUUUCUCCUUCGGCCUCCUCCCCUCCACUCUCCACACACAGUCUGGUUUUGGAUGGCAAAGAUCGCCUGCAGGACCUGCGAAAUCGCUCAGCCAGCAAGAGGAGGAGUGGGAUGCUGACUCGUCAUCGCAGUAUGACUGAAUCAUCUCAGAGUCUUCGCCAAAUAGAGAUUCCCAAAAAGACUACAAGAGCUUCCAAGUCAAAGGUGUGUGUUGCUUUGGAGAAACCUGUCACAGAACCACAACCUCAGAAACAAGAAACACAAGAGGUGACCAAGGUGAGAAGAAACCUGUUCAACCAGGAGAUUGUUUCACCCUCAAAGAAAGCCAAGCUGCCGAGGAGCCAGUCUGUGUCCGCUGUGGAAGGACUGAAACGCAAGAGAUCUCAUGAAUCUGAAGAGAGACACAAACUUCUAACAAAGAAAGUGUGUGAAACGCCCCUCCACAAGCAAGUGUCCAGCCGCCUCCUAUACCGGCAGAAAAUGGGAAGGAGAUCUGUCCCAACUGAGGAGUGUAUUGUGGAAGAGUCACCAGUAAAACCUGCAGAAGACCUAAGAAGGAGCCCCAGGAUUAAGAAGUUUGCCAGAGGACACUCAAACAUCUUCUACUCAAAUUCUCAACCUCGCUCCCGCAACCUGGACAGGGCUCUAUCUGCCUCCCAGCUUACUCCCAGUGAUGGUAAAAUUAGUGGAGUUAACGUAAAAACAGUUCGGUCCCCCAUGCGUCUUCUUUUCGGGGCUGCUGAUUCCCCUGGUCAUUCAUCUGACCAGUCUGGUGCAACCAGAGCCACCAGAUCACGGCUGUCCACAGACUCCAGUGUCUUUGAGAGCCCAAAUAAAACACCAACAAAGUCAUCCAGUAAACGUGGGAGGGCCAUUCCUGGAAACACAACUCCCAAGACACCGAGGACCCCUCGAACCCAAGGUGAGCUUGGCAUGGCUCUGAGGGGCAGUCCUUUCAGAUCGCCAGCCAGAAGGACUCUUGUUGUAGAGACACCUACUAAGGAAAACCCUGUGAGGAGCCCGCUGAAGGGUAUUCUCAGGACUCCAGUCAAGGCCUUGGUUGAAUGCAGUUCAUCUUCUGGAUUAUAUCUGCUCAGUAGCCCAAUUUCCAAGACUCCCAAAAAGAGCGUCACAUGGUCUCCAUCUCCACGCAAAUUUAGAGUGGUGGAGAACAGUGCCACUUUCAAGGUGCCAGAGUCGCCUUGUGUUGCAUCCCACAGUUCUCCAAGACUGGUGAAAACGCCAAACAAGUUCAGCAGUCCUGUCAAAAACACAAACACUAAAAGAGACAUUUUCAACACCCCAGAAAAGACUUGUCAAUUAAGCCUAGUAAGAGUUGCUGAAAAUGCAAGUAGUGUUAUUUUGACACAGGAAAGAAAUCAAAGGUCCUCUGAAAAACUCAACAGGAUGAAAACACCUGAAAAAACAGACACUGUUGGUAUAAUGGAAAUGCCUCCUCCAGAAUCCACACCACCUCUAGACCACCACCUCUCCCCUAAACCCAACACUAGAACUCAAACAAAGACCCCUAGUCCUACUCACAAAAUGAUUACUCGCUCUGGGCGAACUCCUAGCAAAAGUUCAAAUAUUGCAUCCCCACGUAGGCCAGCCUUUACACCAGUAGGAGGUAGUACUGUUUCAGAAGGGUCAAAUACUUCAGCAAAGUCUCCAGCAAAGUCCCUAACAAGAGCAAGGUCUGGUCAAGGUGCAAGAACCACCAGACAUAACCUGAGAUCACAGGCUAGUGAGAAUGUUCCCUCCAAACAAAGCACAAAGUCUGCUGAGAACUACUGUGACCUUGUGGAAAAGAACAUGCAGUCAGGUACAACAGAAGUACAGGCUGAACCUUCCCAGUCCUCUGAAACUGACUCUAGUUCCCAUACAGAUCCACAGCAGUGUGACUCUUCACAUUGUAACUCUGCCACCACAGAUGAUGAUAGCAUGGACAUUGUAGCUGCAGAAGUUGUAAAGACCCAGUUUAGUGGAGGUCUCAAGAUGAACAUUAGCUUUUCACGAAAGCCUUCAAAGUCUGAUGAAGACUUUCUGUUGAACACAGUCUCUCCUAAACCACGUGUGGCGCACCAAGGUACACCCGGGCGUAGCUAUGGCUUCAGGCAGACCCCUGACCGCCAACAGAGGGAGGCUGCUGCUCGUUUGGGCUACGGAAAUGAUUCCCCUCGAUUUUCAACUCCUAGAGGCCCCACAAGACCAAGUCGACAAAAAGGCACAAGUACUCCAAAUUCUCUGACUUACCAAGUAGAGAUGGAAAUGCAAACAUCUGGACUUCCUAAGCUCAAAUUCAAACGCACAGAUUCCAUGAAUGCAGGCGAUUUGGCCUCAGAUGGAGGUCCUCGAUCAGGUGCUCAGAGUUCUUUAGUUGGUGUGAAACCAUCUCAGCUGGAAAGCCCCUUGGCUUUGUUCUCUAAACAUAGAGAUCCUGGAUGUGUCUCACCAUCUAUUUGUGCUCAUGUAACCCCAGCCAAGAGCACACCUGGGAAAGGUGGAAGUGUCCAAACGUACAUCUGCCAGUCCUAUACUCCUACUCGCCAUCCUGGGGGAACAAUGUCUCCAAAGCUAAAUCCAGAGAUCAUUCCCCUGACUCCUUCACCUCAGAGUGCAGGGAAGGUGGCUCCAGACAACCUCAACAGCUGGCCUCGCAGGAAGAGAGUUCAGGUUGGAGUUGUUGGAGGCAAAGAUCGUGGCCUGAAGGGGGAGCCACUGCUCGAGGAGUUGCUGGAGGAAGCUGAGCUUGGAGUUAGCAGAUUACAGGACAUUGACGACAUUGAUGAGCCCUCAAACAACAAAGCUGUAAUAUUGUCCUUGACCUCCAAACAGUCACCUGCAGAUGCAUCUCCGCUCUCUCCUCUGGAAGACUUGUACUGGAUGGAGAAGCUGGCUCUGCAGGCUGACUGCGCUGAACCUCAGACAGCUGAUGAAGAAAUCAUCUGGCCUUCUGCAAAUGGAGAUGUUAAGUCAAUAGCGACUCCUCCCAGCUCAAAGGUGACAAAGCCAGUGACAGCGAGCGGGAUUUUGGCCCUCACUCACUCUCCAUUGUUGUUCAAGGGCAAAACGGGCUCUGCUAGUAAGAGAACUCCAAAUUUUAAAGAUGAGGUUGCAUCAGGGAGGAGAGAAGUCGAUGGAGCAGACGUCUCACCCUUCAGCCAGCGGAUGAGACGCUCAAACACAGGGAAGACCUUCAGCAGGAAGAGACUGCUUCCCUGAUCCUGAACCAUUGGGCAAGCAAAGAUUGUCCAUUCUGUGUUUUAUUCUAAAGCUGUGAGCCCUUCUUACCCAUAUUUGUCAGGGGUGCCUUUGAUGGCAGAUCUGAAAGAUGUCUUUGGAGAACCACUUGAAAGGCUUUGUGGAUGAAUGAAUGUCCCUUUCAGUCUCCUCCUCCAACACUUUUGACCCUGACAUUUUCUGUUCUAAGCGGUGGCUUUUCUUUUAAUCAGGACUUUAUAAGAUUAGAAGUAGGUUGAAAAGCUGUGCCGUUCUGCCAAGCAGUUAAAAUUGGACUUAAUGUUCCUAUUUAUGAUUUUAUCAUUCCAAGUAUGCCAUGUUUCCUGCAUGGGUCUUCUGUAGCUAAAGCCUUGGAAAAUGGUGAUUAUAUGUCAUCAUUGUUUUUCAAAAAUUUUAAUCAACCAUUUUAUAAUCAAGUCAGAUCCUAAAUUUGUUGAAAGAAAUAUUAAUGUGUAUUUAUUAGUAUGUUUGUUCUUGUGAUAAAAUUUCUUUUAAGU